AUGAGUGCAGACCAAGGUAGCGAUGCUUCGCGGAACAAAAUACCAGUGACGCUCCAGGCGCCGCGAUUCUCUUCUUACAAUCCGCCGGCUUCCGCUUCAGCAAGUGCGGAACGACGCCACCAACCCGACGAGAAUGACUCGCAGACUUCGACACGGAAGAGACGGCCUUCUCACAAUGAUGAAGGCGAUUCAAGCGGCAAGCACAAGAAGCGGCGUCACAAACGGUCCCACAGGCAACGCGAAUGCGAAUCGGACAGGCACCAUCGCCCAAAGCGGCAGCGCUCUCGCUCGCCAACUCCUUCCAUUCCCGCAGCGUCAGAGCGAAUCGAAGGUGCUCGCGCCUCCCACCAAAUCCCUUCGUUCGAUCGAGAUCUCUUUUUCACCGACACCACAGGUGAUGUGGAUGCUCUUGUCUACGGACCCGAUAAGUCCAAGAUUCCAAAAGCUCAUCGAGCAUCCCGGUCACAAAUCUUAGGCUACACAAAACAAGAUCCCGCUGCCUCAGCUUCUACGAGCAAAGGAAGUCCCGCAGAUGCCGAGCUUGUUGCGGAAAAGUCCCCUGAGUCAUCAACUCUUGACCAACUCAAGAUCCGAUCGCAGGGCCGACAGGUUGGAAUGCCAGAUCUUCCCAUCGAACUUCUCCAUAGAGUCUUGGUCCUCUCACGCUCAAGCAGCUUUCCAAUGACUUGCCGCUACUUCCGACAAGCGUGUCAUCAGGCCAGUAUCGAGCAGAAGGUGGACUACGUUCUGGGUAGGUGGGUCGAUCACUAUAUCGCUUACACGACAAACAACCCGUGUCAAGCCAAGCAUAAGUCUUGCAGGCGAUUAACGAGUCGCCUCGCCUCACUCUACAAGUAUCGCAAUCCUUCAUGGUUCGACUUUUUCAGUGCUAUAUCCGCCACCGACUGCACGGUUCAGACCAUCCGCACGGCAAACCUCGACAUCGUGACAUUCGCGGCGGAGGUUGGCAUCUGCUCUGCGGCCGUUCUUGACCGGCUGGUCCCAGAAGCGUCCGCUUCGUCGCUCCCGCGUGCUUUUCUCCCUCGAUCGAUUCAUCCUACGGGUUCUGUUUCGUCGCCACAGUUGCCAAAGAGACUAUUCCGUCGCAUUGAUCACCCAGGCGUCGACGCCAAGCCGUCGUCGGAGCAAUCAGCGCAGGAGUCUGCAACGUCUGAUCAGACACAGCCAAAGAAGAAAAAACGUCGCCACGAGACCGCCAAUGCCGACGUGGACAUCGGUCCCAUGCCCAGCGCUGACGAACUCCAGCUUAUGUUCACAAUGAUCAUCCAGUACGGUGCGGAUGCAUCUUCGCACCAGGGCUUCCCGCUCGCAAUGGCUGUUCAUCGUCGGUCUUACUCCCUUGUCCAUCUUCUGCUCCUGUUCGGCGCGGAUCCUGCGCGCAAAGAAGGGUUGGCUGUGCAGAUUGCGAUUCGCAACGGUUUCCUCGAGAUUCUGCGACUCCUCGUUUCAGGCCCGUGCAUCGACGCUGAUGCAGCACAAUCACAAUCACGUCUGAUUCCUGCUGGCUAUACCCUACCACAACAACUAGGCUCACAGCCUUUUCAGCUUGAUCAAUCACAUCUGCGCCUAGCCAUCCAAUCCCGUCAAUGGGGCAUUGUCGACUUCAUUUGGCACGAAAAGAAAGUUUCUCCCGACAUCGCCUGUCUACGCCUCAUUGAGAAGCUCAGACAUUAG